AUGUCUAAAUCACCACUUUCAUUCGAGAUACCGACACCGGGGGGUGUGGGACCGGCUCCUCCAUCUAUUGCUUCUAUCUCUACUACUAGUGCCUCUACUACUCCUACGCACGACGAUGAGGGUUACUGCUCGGGCCCGAAUACCGCAAGUACCUCCGACUAUAUAAAACCGUUUCAAUGGGACUUCUAUCAACCACCAUGGCCCAUCAAACUGUCAUCCUCGUCGGCUGCUAAACUAAGCCCUACACCUGCCGCACCUCACUACAAGGUUUUGCGGGACUUGGGUGACGUUAAGGAUUUUAUGGCUUCGGCUUCCUUCCCAUUUAAAUACGAUGAGGAUAAGCAGUGGUGCUGGGAUAGAACUCCCUCUCCAACACCAACUGAAUACCGGUGUGACGAUCACUGGACCUAUUCGCACGAUGAUGACUUCGUGGAUUCUCAGACUCCAACAUCACCAAUACUAUCAUCAUCGGGCUACUCGGAUGGCUUCACAACUUCUACAGCUACUGCGCACUCAUCUACCAAUCAAUCAGAGGCACAGCCGUCCACUGUUCCCGAGAUGCUUCAGAAGGGCUACACGUAUAGCUUGCAUGGCCCACGGCUUCACCAAUCUCCACCUCCAUCUCCUCCUACCCCUUACAAUCACUGGCGAAUACCCCUCCGUAACUUCCCUCCGCCCGGCCCACCACCUCUCACCCCGCGCGGCCGCUUCGUCGCGGAGUUCGACAACUUGUUUAAGCGGAUGCUGCUCUUGGCUCAAGCUGCAUACCACCAACUCCGACUCCACGGAACCACGAAGCCGGACUUGCACCAGCGAUUCAGCGUCCAGGUUGAACAGAUCCGGAUCUAUAUGUACGAAUUUGGGGGGUGUGUGGAGAGAGAUUCGGGGGUACGGUAUGACAAAACCGUGGAGCUGCGGAUGAUUGCUGAAUGUGCGGGAAUGUGCGUAUUGGGGACGAAGGAGGUGGGUGUACGGUGGCCGGAUGUUGGGUACAAGGGUAGGAGGUGGAGGAAGAAGAUGAAACAGAUGAAGGAAAUGUGGGAAGUGGCGAGGGAGAGGGUUUGUGAGCUUGUGUUUGGGGAAGAAUGUGUGCAUGGCCGAGCGGUCUGGGUGCAGAAUUACGGCUACUGUUCUAAUUGA